GAAACCCCUUUUCAAGGAGAAAUGAAGAAAAAAACUGUUUAUACCUUAAAUGUGGGAGAUCAGGAGUAUGAAGAUAUGGAAGGUGAAGAAGACAAAGAUAAUACUGCUACCACUGGUUUGUUGUACAGUGAAGCUGACAGAUGUCCAAUAUGUCUUAAUUGCCUAUUAGGGAAGGAAGUUGGUUUUCCAGAAAGCUGUAAUCAUGUCUUCUGUAUGACCUGUAUUCUUAAAUGGGCAGAGACACAGGCUUCAUGUCCUAUUGACAGAAAACCUUUUCAAGCAGUCUUUAAAAUCAGUUCAUUGGAAGGUUGUGUUAAGGUUCAAGUAAAAAGGCAGUUGAGAGAAGCAAAAGACAAGAUAAACGAAAGCUCUUUUAAGAAACAGCUCUCCUGUCAUGAAAAUUCUAAAAGCUGUAUGAGAAAGAACAUAGGAGAAGAUCUAUUAAGUGCAAAGCUUUAUGACUUGAAGAUGCAUAGAAAAACUAAAUACAGUGAAAUGGGAGGAAAGAAAAAUGCAAUAAUGAAGAUAAAGAAGCUUCGAAGAUCAAAUCAGUGUACAAGUCAGUCCUUCAGAAAUUCUUCCUUCAAUAUGUUUUCUUCUACUAGUCACACUGGAGACACUUCUUUUACCUGUAGAGCUUACUGUACAGAAUUUAUAGAAGUCAAUGAAAUCAGUGCAUUAAUUAGACAGAAGAGACAAGAACUGGAAUUGUCAUGGUUUCCUGAUACAUUACCUGGAAUUGGAAGAAUUGGUUUUAUACCCUGGAAUAUUGAAACAGAAGUCCUUCCUCUCAUCCCUUCUGUGUUGCCGAGAACUCUUUUUCCAACAAAUACCAUAUCUUUACAGAAUUUUGGUACUUCUUGCAAGGGAUAUGCAUUAGCACAUACUCAAGAAGGAGAAGAGAAGAAGCAAACUUCUGGUACAUCAAACACCAGAGGAUCAAGACGAAAAUCUGCAGCAGCAACUCCUACAAGGAGAUCUACACGUAACACAAGAGCUGAAACAGUCACUCAUUCUCAGAGAUCCCCGACAUCAAAUAAUUCUGGGUGUGAUGCCCCAGAUAACAAUAAUCCAUCUCUAAGUGUUUCUUCUUCAGCUGAGUCAGAAAAGCAAACAAGACAGGCCCCCAAACGGAAGUCUGUAAGAAGAGGAAGGAAACCACCUUUACUGAAAAAGAAACUUCGAAGCUCUGUACCUCCUUCUGAAAAAGCAUCUUCCAGUGAUUCAGUAGAUGAAGAAACAGCAGAAUCUGACACACCACCUGUGUUAGAGAAAGAGCACCUAUCAGAUGAAGAAAGUAGAAACACUUGUACUGUGCAGACAAAUGUAGAAAAUAAGUCUGCUAAUGGCUUGAAAAGUUGCAGUGAGCAAAUAGAAGAAAGUGAGGAACAUACUGAAAACCAUGACACAGAGGAAAAAGUAGAAUCUUCAUAUUCUGAGUCUUGUAUCCAAGAUCCUCCUGUUCUAGUUGGAGAGGAGGAGGACGUUCAGAAAGUUGAGAAUACGGGUAUUGAGGAAGUUCAAAAAGUUGAGAAUGCAGGUAUUGAGGAAGUUCAAAAAGUUGAGAAUACAGGUAUUGAAGUUCAAAAAGUUGAGAAUACAGGUAUUGAGGAAGUUCAAAAAGUUGAGAAUACAGGUAUUGAGGAAGUUCAAAAAAUUGAGAAUACGGAUAAUGAGUCUAAUGUUUUUUGCUUAGAAAGUGAUAUUUCUAAAACUAUUUCUGAAGAAGGAGGUGAUGUAUUAGAAAAUGAAGACCAAAUAUCUUUACCUUCAGAAUCAGAAGUAAAAGCAGAUAUAUGUACAGAUUAUCCUCCAAAUGAUUCUCUUACAUGUUCAGCAUCUGAAAUUGAAGUACACCAACCUGUACCAAGCCUAGAUGAGUUAUCUGAGAAUGCAGAGAUAGUUAUGGUUAAUGAAGAAAAAGGUGUAGAGGUCAAUGAAGAAAAAGUUACAGAUGUUAAUGAUCAAGAGGUUAUAGAGAGUCCUAUAGUAGAAAUUAUUGAUCAUAAUGAUUCAACAGUAGAAGCAGAACAGCUUGUAGGCAGCCCCAAAUUAGAAUCUUCUGAGGGUGGAAUUAUACAAACAGUGGACAAAACCUCUAUUGAGAUCUCAGAGAUUCAGUUGCCUGGGCCUGUUGAAACUGGAGAUACAGAAGUAAUGUGUGAUACUUCAGGGAAUGAAAAUUUCAAUAGUAUUCAAGACUCUGAAAGUAAUUUAUUAAAAAAUAAUCUUAACACCAAAUUAGACACAUCUUUAGAAGAAAAGGCUGAGUCUCUGGUUGAACAACCCAGAUCUACAGAAUUGCCUAACACACACAUUGAACAGAUUCAGAAACAUUUUAGUGAAGACAAUAAUGAAAUGAUACCCAUGGAAUGUGAUUCAUAUUGCAGUGAUCAGAAUGAGUCUGGAAUUGAACUGUCUGUAAAUACUGAUGCUAAACAACUGAACAAAAAUUCUACAGAGCACAGUUCUCAAAAUAAUAUGCCAUUUUCUGAUCCUGUAAGUGAAAAAGUUGAAACUGUAUCUCAGCCAUUUGAAAACCCAAUAGAUAUGAUAGAUAAAGCCAAAAAGCCUCGUACUCGAAGAUCUAGAUUUCAUUCCCCAUCUACAACUUGGUCUCCCAACAAAGACACUGCACGGGAAAAGAAGCGGUCUCAGUCUCCAUCUCCCAAAAGAGAAACUGGGAAAGAAAGCAGGAAGUCUCAGUCACCAUCUCCCAAAAAAGAAUCAUCAAGAGGACGGAGAAAAUCUCGUUCCCAGUCCCCAAAACAGGAUAUUGCAAGAGAAAGAAGGCAGUCACAGUCUCGAUCUCCAAAAAGAGACAGCACAAGGGAAGGCAAAAGAUCAGAGUCACUCUCCCCAAAGAGAGACACUUCUAGAGAGAACAGAAGAUCUCAGUCAAGAGUGAAAGAUUCCUCCCCAACAGAAAAAUCCAGGUCCCGGAGCAGAGAAAGAGAAAGUGAUAGAGAUGGGCCUAGGAGAGAGAGAGAAAGAGAUAGAGAAAGGAGAACCAGAAGGUGGUCUAGGUCCAGAUCUCGUUCUAGGUCACCAUCAAGAUCUAGAACAAAAAGUAAGAGUUCAUCAUUUGGUAGAAAUGACAGAGAUAGCUACUCUUCUCGGUGGAAGGAAAGAUGGGCAAAUGAUGGUUGGAGAUGUCCACGAGGAAAUGAUCGGUACAGAAAGAACGACGCAGAAAAACAGAAUGAAAAUACAAGAAAAGAAAAAAAUGACAUCAGUCCAGAUGCUGAUGAUCCAAAUUCUGCUGACAAACAUAGAAAUGACUGUUCCAGUUGGGUAACAGAAACAAUAAAUUCUGGACCUGAUCCAAGGACCAGACAUCCAGAAAAGUUAAAAGAUUCCCCUUGGGAAGAAAAUAGAAAUGAAAAUUCAGGGAAUGCUUGGAAUAAAAACUUUGGUUCAGGUUGGAUGUCUAACCGUGGUAGAGGUAACCGGGGCAGAGGCACUUACAGAGGUAAUUUUGUCUAUUCAGAUCAAAAUGAAAAUCGGUGGCAAAACCGAAAACCCCUCUCAGGGAAUUCAAAUGGUUCAGGGAAUGAGUCUUUCAAGUUUGUGGAACAGCAACACUAUAAGCGGAAAAGUGAGCAAGAGUUCUCAUUUGAUACACCAGCAGAUAGGUCCGGGUGGACAUCUGCAUCUAGUUGGGCUGUGAGAAAGACUCUUCCAGCAGAUGUGCAAAACUAUUAUUCACGACGAGGGAGGAAUUCCUCAGGCUCACAAUCUGGAUGGAUGAGACAGGAAGAGGAAACACCUGAACAGGAUUCUAACCUAAAAGACCAAACAAACCAACAAGGUGAUGGUUCUCAGCUACCUAUAAAUAUGAUGCAACCACAAAUGAAUGUAAUGCAGCAACAAAUGAAUGCACAGCACCAGCCUAUGAAUAUGUUCCCAUAUCCAAUGGGUGUUCAUGCUCCUUUGAUGAACAUCCAACGCAAUCCAUUUAAUAUUCAUCCUCAGCUACCCUUGCAUCUGCACACAGGAGUACCUCUCAUGCAGGUAGCUGCUCCUACCAGUGUAUCUCAGGGACUACCACCACCCCCACCCCCUCCCCCACCAUCCCAACAAGUCAACUACAUUGCUUCACAGCCAGAUGGAAAGCAAUUGCAGGGUAUUCCUGGUGCUUCUCAUGUAACUAAUAACAUGAGUACACCAGUCUUGCCUGCUCCGACAGCAGCCCCAGCAAAUAUGGAAACAGUUCAGGGACCAAGUUCUGGUAAUGCUUCGUCAUCAAGUCACAGCAAAGCCUCUAAUGCUGCUGUAAAAUUGGCAGAAAGCAAAGUAAGUGUUACAGUGGAAGCCAGCGCAGAUAGCUCGAAGACAGACAAGAAAUUGCAAAUUCAAGAGAAAGCAGCACAGGAGGUAAAACUGGCCAUUAAGCCCUUUUACCAAAAUAAAGAUAUCACCAAGGAAGAAUAUAAAGAGAUUGUACGAAAAGCAGUAGAUAAAGUUUGUCAUAGUAAGAGUGGAGAAGUCAAUUCUACUAAAGUGGCAAAUUUGGUUAAAGCCUAUGUAGACAAAUACAAAUAUUCACGGAAAGGAAGCCAAAAGAAAACUCUGGAAGAACCUGUGUCUACUGAAAAAAACAUAGGCUGAAAUGGAGAGCACUAUAAGGACACUGUCAAGAUAUCUGCAAAGUGCAAUUUCAACAUAUACCUUUAACUGAAAAUCAUACCUAACUGUGAUUGAAAUUUGGUUUUGAUAAAAUUAUUUUUUUUAACGUAGGAUAUGUUUUGUUCAAAAUAAAUAAUAGUUCUGCACUGUAACUUCUAUAUCCUUUCCUCCCCCACCCCCAAAAAGAGCAAAUUCAAGGGAAACUAAAGGGGUUAAGGAAUGCAUUACUACUAGGACUGUUGCAGUGUGGAUGUGGAAGAUGUACAUACAGCUUUUUUAUUUCAACAAUGGAGUGCACAAAUUAGAAAUUUCUAAGUGCACUGGUUUUGGAAGAGAGAUAUAUAUAUAUAUAUAAUACCUUUAUUCUGUCAGGCUAAAAAUAAAGUAUGAUCUAUAUGAUUUUCCCCUCUAAUUAUAGAAAGUUAAGUAAUGUAUUACCAUGAAAAAUAUUUCUAAUAAGAGAACAUACCAAUUGCAGGAUUCCUAAUCUGUAUUUUUAAAAGCACACAUCUGAAUAAAUUGCUUUGCUAGAAAACAAGUGAUCACAUGAGUAAAACUCAGUGUUCAAAACUUUGGAACACUGUUGACCUAUUGUAUCACCAAAUAAAGGGUAUGCUGCUUGUU